GUAUAUCUUCGGCAUACCAUGUUGUUCCUCAACAAUACCACAUCCCUGUCCCCAACCUUCUUCCUCAAUGCCUUUCCUGGGCUAGAAGGUGAUUAUGUAUGGCUCUCCAUACCUUUCUCUUGUCUCUAUGUCAUUGCCCUUUUGGGAAAUUGCAUGAUUCUUUUUGUGAUUAUCACUGAGAGGAGCCUCCACAAACCCAUGUACUAUUUUGUGUCUAUGCUGUCAAUUGUUGAUCUAGGCUUGACAAUGACCACCCUCCCCACUGUACUUGGAGUCUUCUGGUUCAAUUUGCAAGAAAUCAGCUUCAAUGCUUGUGCAAUCCAGAUGUUCUUUCUACAUGGAUUCUCGUUUCUGGAGUCAUCUGUGCUUUUAGCCAUGGCCUUUGACCGUUUCAUGGCCAUUUGUGACCCAUUAAGGUAUGCAGCAAUCCUCACUAAUUCAACCAUCAUGCUUAUUGGUCUGGUGAUUUUUGUGAAGCAAGUGGUCUCCUUAAUCCCAAUAGCCCUGGCUUUGAAAGGAUUGUCCUUCCACAGAGAGCAUGAGCUCUCCCAUCCCUACUGCUACCACCCUGAUGUUAUCAAGCAUUCCAGCGCCAACCCUUGGCUCAGUAGUCUGAUUGGCUUAUUUUUUCUACUCUCUAACUCUGGUGUUGACUUGAUUUUCAUUCUCCUCUCCUACAUCCUGAUCCUCCGCACCAUACUAAGCAUCACCUGCCCCAAGGAACGACGGAAGGCCUUCAGUACUUGUGUCUCCCACAUUGCUGCUGUAGCCAUAUUUUUUGUGCCCAUGAUCAGUGUGUCACUUACACAUCGCCUCUUUGCCACUGCCCCACAGAUUUUUCCUGUCAUUAUGGCCAAUAUCUACCUAUUACUCCCUCCUGUCCUGAACCCCAUUAUUUACAGCUUAAAAACCAAACCAAUUUACCAAGCUAUUCUCAAGCUGCUCAAAACUAAAGAAGCCCUGAGGUGAUGUGACUUAGAAGUGAUAGUGAUUGUGUGUGAGGUGGAAUAGGGGAAGAUGAGAACAAGAAAAUGUUCCUUGUAUUAUGCUAAAAGACACCUCACUGUAGCUUUAAUAAAUAGCUCAUUCAUAGUUGAUUGCUUCCAGUUACAUAUUUUAGGUCCAAAGAGAACUGGUUUAGUUCAUCUUCUAAAUGAGAAUCCUUCAGAUAUAUGAAGAUAUGUGUCAUAUGAAUCCUAAAUGUUUUAUUAUUACAUCAUAUCUAGGCUAAUCAUGACAAAUUUUUUUAGUUGAUUUUGUUAUUGAAUUGCUUAUAUUCUUCUCCCCUUCCCUUAAUACCUUCUCUCUCAUGUAGUCCAGCUUAUCCUACUGUGUGCUGGAGUCAGGAAGGCUUUGGUUUAAGUUCCUCUACUGCCACUUCCCUGAUGACAUAUUAUAUGUGUAUAAAGAAGAUAUUUAAUCUCUAAGAAUCACAGACCUAGAGGUAGCUGAGCCUGGAGUCCAAAAGUCUUGAGUUCAAAUAUGCUUUCAUAUGCUUCUGAGUUGUGUGAAGCUAGGUAAUUCACUUAAUUACUAUCUGCCUCAGUUUCCUUAACUAUAAAAUGGGGAUAAUAAUAGAGCCUGUAUCACAAGGUUGCUGUGAGUCUCAAGCGAGAUAUCUGUAAAAUUCUAAACAUAGUGCCUUGUGCAUAGUAAGUGAUUAGCAAAUGUUAUUCAUUCCAUCUAGUGCCCUAUUCUGUGAAAUGGAAAUAAUAAAACUUAUGACACCUAUCUUACAGAAUUGUCGUAAAGCAGUUUCUACUUAAAGGCAAUAAGUUUAGAAUAAUGUUCAAAUUUCAAAGCACCAUUUAAAUAUCUAUCUUACUCCUUGCAUCACUGUCAGUAGUCUAAAAAUGUGUGGCUUUCAGAAUUGAAAUGUUCCAGAUGUGCUUAGAGUAGCACUCAAGAAGAUGAUCAUGUCAUUGACUUUGGAUACUGGAAUUUUUAAUGCAGCCUAAAAACAUUUGCUUUCUUAAUUGGGGGUUGUUAUUCUAUCCUUUGACUAGUUGAGUUUAUAGUUUAGAAAAUUUUCACAUGAAAAGCUAUCUAUACAUUUCUCCCACCAUUUUCAUGUAUGCCAUUUUUAACUCAAUAGUAGGACUGUACUCAAUCAUUAUAAUUUUUAAAAAUAUUUUGGAUCACUUGCAGGAAUAUGCUGGUAAAUAUUUAACAACUGACUCUCCA